CAGCUUCCGGCGAAGCUUGGAUGUUGAUGUCCUGCAUCUGACACUGUUGCUCUCGAAGUAGAGCGAGCUCCGGAGCUGUCCAGAGGAUUCCAGUAUUUUGCUGCAGUAACUUCAUCAGCCUGCCAAGAUGGCGAUGCAAGCGGCCAAGAGGGCGAACAUUCGACUUCCACCUGAAGUAAAUCGGAUUUUGUAUAUAAGAAAUUUGCCAUACAAAAUCACAGCUGAAGAAAUGUAUGAUAUAUUUGGAAAAUAUGGACCUAUUCGUCAAAUCAGAGUGGGGAACACACCUGAAACUAGAGGAACGGCUUAUGUGGUCUAUGAAGAUAUUUUUGAUGCCAAGAAUGCAUGUGAUCACCUAUCAGGAUUCAAUGUUUGUAACAGAUACCUUGUGGUUCUGUACUAUAAUGCCAACAGGGCAUUUCAGAAGAUGGAUACAAAGAAGAAAGAGGAACAGUUGAAGCUUUUGAAGGAGAAAUAUGGCAUCAACACUGAUCCACCAAAAUAA